GUCUCUUAACCCGUCUCUUAGUGUUUUUGAAAUUAAAAAAAGAAGAAAAAAGGUAAUUAUCUCAAGCGACGUCUCUUGAUUUAGAGACGGAAGAGACGGCUCUUGUUUCCGUCGAAUCUCUCGUCCUCUUCCCAGCAUCACAUGAAUCGUACUCUAGCUGAUUUUGAAGCGGCUCAGCAGCAACAAGCAGCUAUCAACGCGAUUCUUCUAAGAGGUGGGAGAACAAUGUCCUCUUCUUCGGUAAUUACACCAGAAGACGUGCUCGAAUCUCUUAUGAACGAUGGCACCAUCGAUGCCCUUCGAUUAGAGAUCAUCAAUCAACUCAAAGCCAAUGAAGAGUUGAAGAGCACAACCAUUAAGAUGGCAGAGGAGAGCAAAGUUCUUAACACACCUGGUGCUGAGAAACAGACUAAACGAGAACUCUUUGAUACUCUUCGCCAAGAACUCGAGCGUUUGUGAAUCUUGUUCUUGCACUAUGCGAUCCUGGUGAUUCAGUUGUCAUGUUCCAGCCCUACUACUUCAAUGCCUACAUGGCCUUCCAGAUGACUGGUGUCACCAACAUCAUCGUUGGUCCUGGCCAUCCUGAUACUCUCUACCCCGACGCAGAUUUCUCCUUGUCUCUGUCUAUCACAUUUUUUCUUGAAGUUCUGACUCGUGAGUCUUUUUUUUUUUUGCCAGAUUGGUUAGAGAAGACGCUCUCUGAGUCUAAGCCGACCCCAGAAGUUGUAACUGUUGUGAAUCCUGGUAACCUAAGCGGCACCUAUGUCCCUGAACCGCUUCUUAAGAGGAUUUCAAAGAUAUGCGAAGAUGCAGGGUGUUGGCUGAUUGUAGAUAACACAUACGAGUAUUUCAUGUAUGACGGUUUAAAACAUUGUUGGGUUGAGGGAGACAACAUAGUUAACGUCUUCUCCUUCUCCAAAACCUAUGGCAUGAUGGGUUGGAGGCUUGGAUAUAUAGCUUACUCACAGAGAUUAGAUGUGUUCGCGGCAGAGCUUUUGAAAAUUCAAGACAACAUCCCAAUCUGUGCUUCCAUAAUAUCUCAGCGCCUGCAAGUCUUGCUUCAAGUGCUCUCGCUGCAAAUCCACCCUUCAAGUCAGUUUAUUUCUUCCCCCUUUCAUCACUUUCUGUCUAUGAAUAUGAAUGAUGUUUGAUAAUAAUUUGGAUUGUCUACGUUGAUGUUUUCAUAUGUUUGUUCUUCCUUCUCGUGUUUUUUUUCACAUGUGUUUUUAUUAAUUUUUUUUUUUAAGAACCCCUAAAUAAGAAACUCCUAUUGGAGUAUAAAUAUGUUGGUGUCUC